AUGCCUAAGUUGACUGUCGUACACAAGCUUCCAGGAACUCCCAAUUUGCUUCCUCCUCCUUCCUUGCAACAAACUGCUAGUCAGACAGAAGACAAGGGUCGUCUAUAUAAGAGAUCCGGAAAGCAGAUUCCAGCAUUGGAACAAGCGACCAGUUACUCUGAAAUGGCACUCUUGGACACCAACCAUCGGAGUCCAAGGAAUUGCUACUAUAUCGUGCAAGCUCUGUAUGGCUACGCUGAGCUCUCAUACUGCUACAGAUGGCAGAUCUCUUCCAGCAUUCUGGAAUACACGAACAUCAAGACUAUAUCCUCCAGACAAAUAAAUCCCCAAGGACCGCAAAUACCAUUCAAACAUCAGUCCGGUCCCAUUCACGCCUUGAGAGCUUGGGUAGGGCCCCUUCCUCGUCUCCCCUUCAUCCCCUCAUCGACCGCUUUCGGUAGUACGAGCGUCACCACUUCCGAGAGUUACGAGGGCAGCCCUUACGCCGUCAGCGGCACUUGUUGUCAUGCUCGUCAACAAAGGUGA